CGCAGUUCUGCCGGUAUGUCCGGUGAUUCACUGACCGCGCGGCGCGGAGCUGCCGGCUACUGGCGGCUGACCGGGCGGGCGGCCACUUCCCAGCCGGCACAGUGCACCGGCCGCCGACCCGCGCCACGUGACCGGCCGCAGCGGCCCGUUACAGCCGGCCGGCCGAGCGGGUCGACGAGUCGGCGGCGGCGACGGUGCGCAGUCAGUCGACGACCGACGCCAGAACGGAGCACAGUGAAUCGCACAAGUAUGGCAGGCCUGCCUGCGUUUGAAGUGGGUUCCGCCGCGGCGACGGCGGCGGCGGCGACGACGGCCUCUGGCCUGGCGGCGGUGGAGCCGUCCGUGGAUUCUGUCACUACGCUCUCCGUGCUGCUGAUGAUGGCCUACAUGGCCCGGGCGACGUUCCCCAACUUCUUCAAGUCGCUGCUGGACGAGCGGCUGCUGGCGAUGGCCGGUCUCACCACGCCCAACAGCACGACUGCACAGAAGUCGCGCGUCGAGGAGGAGGACGAGUGGUGGCACUUCCCCAUCCACCUGCUGGCGCUGUGGCAGAUGCGCCACCAGCCGCACCAGCAGGCCUGCGCGCGCCGGCUCGUCUGCGACCACGUCACCGCCGGAACGCCCGACCCCUUCUUCGACUUCGCCAUCGGCGGCGUGGCCUACAUGAUGGGCGCCAGCGGCUCGCUCUCCAUGGUCGACAAGCUGCAGUCGCUCGAGAACGAGGUGGUCGACUGCGAGAGGCUCGUGCCAGAGUGCGAGGGGCCCAAGCUGCGCGAGGCCAUGAGCCUGGGUACCACCAUUCAGAAGUUCUCGGCCAUGGUGGCGGAGUGGCUGGGCUGGUAGCCGGCCGCCGAGCGUCUGCGUCUGUGUGUGUGUGUGUGCGUCUGUGUGUGUCUGUGUGUGUGCUGACUGCUGUUCGUUUGUUCUGAGCUGUGCGCGGCCGCUGAGGCGUUCGUAAAGAGACAUUGAUCGUGGGGCAUUGAUUUACACUGGAGACCAGCGGAGGGUCGGCACGGUUUGUGCUUUCGUCUAUUUAUAUUUGUUAUGUGGAGUCUGUUGUGGCGAUCCGGAGAGGACGGUGCGCUGGAAGGACCGAGGACGCUUCAGGACAGAGUACUGUCCACUGUCGGAUAUUUAUUGACGGUUUUUCGUAAGCACCGCUGGCGUACAAUACUGUUUUAUUGAGACCCUCGGACCCGCCGAGAACUCGAGGUUAAAUAAAACGCUUUCGUAUUA